AGCUGGAUCUGGAUGGCUGGAAGGAAUGUCCGUCUGUCUAAAUUCCGUCGUAUUUGGCAGAUUUGUGUUUUUAUGUGGUUUAUGGCUAAAAAUAUUUGCGAGUUGAAAUGGAAUUCCCCGUUAUUCUGAGAUAGUUUCUCUCCUUAAUAUUAUUUAAAGUAUUUAAUCUCACUUGAAACUUAUAGUGCUAUUAUUUUGAUUGUAAGGUUUUAUUUUGAUACCCAAAUUUGUCUGCAUAAAAUCUUAAGGACUAUACUACUAAGACCGAACAUGGCGGAUCAAGGAAAUUCUUCAAGUCAAUUUCUACCAGGAAAUAAAUGCAGCAGACCAUGUCUGUUUCCAAAGAUGGAAUUCAGAGCCCCUGUCAAUGAAGAAGGUGAUUUGGCUGCUGCAGAGAGACGCAGAUUAAAGAAAAUAAAUGCUCAGUUGGCCUCAAAUAAUUUAACCUUCAACGACAGCUCAUCUGGAAUCAAAUCUCUGCCAAGGAUAGCACCUACGGAGGACAGAGUAGGACACAGCCCAGCCCGUGCCCGCCCUGGUAUUCCAAAAGUGAAGCCCCUCAGUCAGGAUCAUCUGUUUGAAAAGUCAAAAAGUGGGAAAUUGGAGAGAAUGAGACUCAGAGAGAGGUUGAGGAUAUGUCAAAGUAUUCAGUCCACAGGAAAGCUCCAAGUGUCUCCGGACUCUGUUUAUGACUUCACAUCAGAAGACUUGCAGGAUCAGGGGGAGAUCGGACGUGGAGCCUUCGGCACAGUCAACAAGAUGGUACAUCGGAAAAGCAGUACGGUUAUGGCAGUCAAGAGGAUACGCUCUACGGUGGAUGAGAAGGAGCAAAAACAGCUGCUUAUGGACUUGGAAGUGGUGAUGAAAAGUAAUGAAUGUCCAUGCAUCGUACAGUUCUAUGGAGCUCUGUUCAAAGAGGGGGAUUGCUGGAUUUGUAUGGAACUGAUGGAUACAAGCCUGGACAAGCUUUAUAAGUACAUUUAUGAGGUGUUGCAGCGCAGGAUACCGGAGUCUAUACUGGGCAAGAUCACUGUUGCAACGGUGACGGCACUCAACUACCUCAAGGAACAACUGAAGAUAAUACACAGAGACGUGAAGCCUAGCAACAUUCUGCUAGACAGGAGAGGGAACAUCAAACUGUGUGAUUUUGGCAUCUCAGGUCAGCUGGUGGACUCAAUAGCUCGCACACGUGAUGCGGGCUGUCGCCCAUAUAUGGCUCCGGAGAGGAUAGACCCGCAACGAGCCAAGGGCUACGAUGUCCGCUCAGAUGUGUGGUCGCUGGGUAUCACUCUGAUGGAGGUGGCGACCGGCAGGUUCCCCUACCCCAAGUGGAAUUCUGUGUUUGAGCAGCUCUACCAGGUGGUGCAGGGUGAACCACCACGCCUCAGCCCUUGUGACAAUGGCAACCACUUCAGCGAAGAGUUCGUAUCAUUUGUCAACACUUGUCUGAUCAAGGAGGAAUUGCAGCGACCCAAGUAUAACCGGCUGUUGGAACACCCGUUCAUCUGCCGUAGUGCUGAGAGCUCGGUGGACGUCGCACAAUACGUCAGCGAGGUACUUGACCAGAUGGCAGACAAUGGAGCAACAAUGUUCACCAUGAACCAGCCGUGAGAGCGCGAGCCAGCGCACGCCUCGCCGCGUCGGCUCGUCAAAAAGCUCACCGCGCGCUGCCUUGCUUUCCUGCAGCGCUCACCACGUAAUGUGCAAUAGACAGAACACUGUGCUUUCUCUCCUAGUGUGUGAACGGCGGGGCUUAAGGAAACCAAUCCAUCUUUUGUCAUUUUCUGAUUUGUUGACUAAUAUUAUUUCAUUUUUAAUCUCUUUCAAAGAAUGUAUUUAGAAAUGCUGUGUUUUACUAUCAUCAGAAUAUACGAUAACCAUGAAUAUAAGAAAAACCAUGUAAAUGAAACAGUAUCACAGGAUAAGAUCAAGUAAUAUGGGUUGAAAUUUCAUUAGUUCCUUUAAAGAUAUAUUGUGUUUGGUUGCAACAAUAUAUCAGUGAUAUUUGUUAAUUUUAUAAAUAUUAAGGUUUAAAAAUUAACAUUGAAAAAUACAAACAAAAUAAAAAAGUUGCAUUAGAAUUAUAGCGUACAUACGAACUUCAAACAAAGUUCCUGAUGAAAGUGAUGAAAGAUGAAACAUUAUACAAUCAUUUAAAUAUGUUCCACACUAACAUUGGAGAAAGUAUGAGCCUGUUUCACUGUGUGUUAGGUUCCUAUCACGCCUCACUUCCGCUUGUUUCCUAGAUUGCUGAGACAAUUGCCUUUGGAAAUUUACUUUAUAAAUACCCAAACUAUUUUAAGCCUGAAGGAAAAUGUUUGAGCAAAUUCACUGUUUAUGUUUUUUUAUUAUGUUCUUAAUAAUGUGUGAGAUUUAUAUUUGAUUACAAACUCAUUAUACUCAUUUUAAUUGCAUUUUGUCUGUAAUAAUUCAAUUACAGAAUGUGCAAGAAAUCAGUUCAAUACCACUAUACUGUAUGUAAUAUACAUUACAAUGUCACGACUUCCCCAAACGCUGGUUAGGUGUGUCAACUUCAUUCUUAUUAAAAUGUUUAAAUUUUUACUGUAGAAAACUCUAUUACCUCUAAUUUCCUUCAUAGCCAGGUCUCCUGUCUCGAAUUGUGAAGGAUCCGAUAAAUCUGUUUCCAUUCAGUGAGUCCUUAGAUAGGCAGUUCCACAAACUUGAGUCUUCUUCACAAAAUUACUUAGUAGUGGUAAAAAUCUAUUGCCCGUGAGAACUAAAUUUUAAUUAUUUUAAUUUUAGGGAGUUACUUUAGCAAAGGGGGUUUGCCUGCCAUCUUUUUUUCUGAAAGCAGUUUUCUCAUUAUUGUACAAUGUUCAACCCAUUGUGUGUGUGUGUUUAAAUAUUCAGAAAAAGGGACAUUGAGGAACAUUGAGUCUAGUGCUGCUAGCUUCUGUCUGCUAGAGUCUAGGAACAAUGUGAAGAGGGAGUUAUUACCCUCAGCAAAUGCCUAAAGCCGAGAUUCUGUGAGGCUCCUCCCAAAUAUCCAAAUUUUCAAACUUGGCAGAAAAACUAAAUUCAUAUUUUUAAAGUGUUUCCAUUCUAGGCAUUUUGCACUUAAAGUUUACCUGUAGCCUUGUAGCAUAAAAAAACUAAUGUAACAAUUUUGAAUUUUUACAAAAAAAAUAAAUAUAUUUUAUUUUAUAUGUUUUGUAGCACUGCUUGAUAAAACGGGAUUAGUACUUGGAAGUUUUUGUUGCAGGACAACCUUUCAAAAUUCUGUAUAAACCAAAUAGUGCAUAUGUCAUUGAUAUAGAAAUAACGCCUAUGAACUCAGUUGUUUAAAAUUAGUAUAGGAAUAGCCUUUUAUUGCCCUGUGUGGAUGGUAGUAGUACAACUUAUUGUUCAUACAUUCUGUUAUGUAAAUGUUAUUUAUUCAUUAAAAAAAUAUGUUGGUAAGGUUUUAAACAAAACAAAAACAAAGCUGAUACACAGUUAAGUUGUACACUUACCAUUUGUGUAGUUUGACAUGUGAAAAAAUCAUCUCUUUAUACAGGGUUUGUAUAUAAAGUAAUAAGACUGAGACUGUUAAAAAUAAUUUAUUGAUCCAAUUGGUAUAAAUUGUUUAAACAACCUUACAUCGCUGCCAACAAAAUUCCUCAGCUGCAAAUGUUUCCUAGAAGUCAGAUACCUUAUCCAGGAACUCUUAUGAUAGCUCAUUGGGUGGUGGAAACUUUUAGGCUUCGUUUGGGCUUUGGAACCAGAAAGUCAGCCGGGCUAUAUGGUGGCUGUGAAGGUUUCACCCCUUCUGGUAGUGAAGCUUCCAAUGAUUGGCUUUGUCCGACCCUUUCUGUUUUGACAGCUCUGUACAGGUGGUGCACCCGACACCUCAAAAAGACAUUGAAAAUUGUCUUCACCUUGGCCUUAUAAAUUCACACUUUCUUGUAGUGCAGGGAGUUAGAAAUGUGUCACACCAAACUUUGGCUUUUAAUUCAGGGUUGUACUGGAACAUUACUUGUCACUUGUUAUUGUGAGGUUUAAGACAGUCUUUGUAGAUUUUCUAAUCAGUCAUAAGAGAAGACUGUAGACACACUCAGUGUUAGUAUCAUACAUAUACUCAACACCAUAAAUGAUAAGAAAUGUAUUGCUACCCAACACAAUAAACUAAACUGACUACUACUGUUAACUGACUAAUAAACUUUACCUGUCUUUUGUCAACACGAUUGUUGGUCAACAGUGAAGGUGAAUCUAUUUCUCUGGACCAAAUAAAGUGAUAUGAACCUCCCAAUAUCACAUCUUGUCAAUGUGCAUAUAUACAAACUCUAGGGUUACAUUUAUAGGAAAGUGAAUUAAAAACCUAUUAUGUUGUAAUAAAAUGCAAAUAUUUGUUAACAAGUGAGCGUUUGGGGAAUGGAUCACCUCAACCCAUCUAUUAAAAUAUUAACAUUGUAUUGAAUCUGUAUUCUCUGAUCGCCCAAAUUGGUGAUGACACCUCACAUUUUAGUAUUCACUUUCUUAUGCUAAAACUCUUAAUUACUGAUCUUCAGUAUGGUGAAAUUAAUUAAUUAUAUGAUUUUUUAUAAAAAGCCAUGUGAAACUUUGCCUGAUCUAAAAUAGCACUCUUAGUCACUUUUAGAUUCACUAAACUGUAGUUGUGAUGCACAGAUAUUACAUAACUAUAGAACAUGCUCAUUCAGAAUCAGAUUAUGGUAGAAACAAAGGCAAUUUUACUCGAUUUAGUCCAAUCACAGGUUGCUCAACUUAGGGUAGUGAUCUCCUGAAUAUAUAAUAAUACCAACUGUAAGGAGGGGUCUUAUACUGCCUAAUAUUUUAUAUUUUUGUUUAUUUUGAAGUCAACUUGCUAUUGUCUUUUUUAAGAUUGAUUUUGCACAAUGAAAUAUUCAUAAAAUGUACAAAAACUGGCUUGUAGAUGACUUGGUACAAAUUUACCACUGCACUAUAGUAAUACACAAAAAUACACUUUUAGCCCUAUUAAAAAAAUAUAGAAAAGUGUUUUAUUAGGAAUUGAAAUGUUAAAAAUCAAAAAUGAAAAUUGGAACAAUCAAAAUGGAGAGCAAAGAUUUUAAAAUUAAAUUCAUUACGUUCUUAGCAUUAAUAUAUUCUAUUAUAGCAUAGGGUUAGAUAUUAGUGGCAAUACUAGGAGAUACAUAUAGACUUAUGUAAAUCGAUUAUGAUUACUAUUAUUGAGUUGUUGGAAUAUUGUAAUAAUGUAAGUAUGAUGAUUUGUUAACUUGUUAUAUUGUGUACAUAUUGAUUGUAAAUACGUACAUUUGUGUACAUAAUGCUGUACCAUGGCUUGACUAUACAUAAUUGUACAGAUUCUUGUGGUCCUACAUAUUUUAUAUAAAUAAAUGACUGCUGCUGAA